CAGGUUGUCAUUUCCUCAUUUUCAAGCCUCAUCCCUUGUGGGGGCUGGCAACCUCAUUCAAGCUCCAGAUUGUGAAGCAUUCCUGGGUGAGCAGUGGGUCACUGUCCCCGUCUCCAGGCACGCGUGGAUGGGACCUUGCUCUGGAAGGAGCCAGGGCCUCUGGCUUUGGUCACUUUGCUUCCUGCCAGUAUCCUGGGCUCUGACGAUCCUCCCAGAAGUCCAUGUGGAUGGGGAGCUGGGUGGAUCCAUUAUCAUCAAGUGCCCAAUUCCUAAAAUGCAAGUGCGGAUGUAUCUGUGCCGCGAGACAAGUAGACCUGGAAUAUGUGCCACUGUGGUGUCCAGCAACAACUUCAUCAAGAAGGAGUACAUGGGCAGAGUCACUCUGCUGCAGUCCCCAGACAAGAAUCUGUUCCUAGUGAAGAUGACAGAACUGACCGAAAAUGACAGUGGAGACUAUGCUUGUGGGGUGGGCACACACACAGACAGGGGCAAGACCCAGAAAGUCACCCUCAACAUCCACAGUGAGUAUGAGCCACUCUGGGAAGAGGAUCCAAUGCCUGAGCCUCCAAAAUGGUUUCAUCAAUUUCUGCACCAGCAGGUACCCUAUUGGUUCCAGAUGCCUACGCAUGCCAGUUCUUCCAAAUUCACAUCCAAAGUUAUCACACGGGCUCAGAGGACUGAGACCCCUCCAGUCUACCAACCUUCCACCACCACCCUAACCAUCCACCACCCUCGAGUUUCUAGAGCAUCUUCAGUAGCAGCAGCCAAGUCCCCAACCCUCCUGCCAUCCACCACAGUUUCAAAGACCUCAGCUCAGGAGGGGCUGCUCAGGCCUCAGACCGCCAGCUACAACCACCACAGCCGGCUACACAGGCAGAGAGCAUUCAACCACGGCUUACAUUCUGGGAGGGAAGGCCAAGGAUUUCACAUCCUGAUCCCAACCAUCCUGGGCCUUUUCCUGAUAGCACUUGUGGGGCUCUUGGUGAAAAGGGCCAUUCAAAGGAGAAAAGCCCUCUCCAGGAGAGUUCGCCGACUGGCAGUGAGGAUGAGAGCUCUGGAGGCCUCCCAGCGGCCUCUGGCCUCGCGGCGGCUGCGCUCCCAAAACAACGUCUACAGCGCCUGCCCGCGGCGCGCUCGGCCGGCAGACGCUGCGGGCGAGGGGGAGGCCCCGGUCCCUGGCCCGGGAAUGUCGGCGCCCCCAGCUCCGCCGCAGGAGUACGAAGCUCCCUGGCUCCAUGCCUCGUCUUUGAAGACCGGCAGUGAAUAUGUGGGUUUCUACCACCAAUCUGAUGCCAAGAGGGAGGAUGCUGUUUCGGAUGACUACAUCAAUAUUCCUGCCUGACUCACCUCCCCAGAUGUCUCCCUGCUCCCAGAGAGUGAUGCCACUGGGUCUUAUCUAUCUGCUGAUUUCCAAUACUGACACCAUUUGUCCUCAGAGCCCUUGUCACCUCCCAUGCCCCAUCUCAACUUUGAUCCCCACCUAUCUGUGCCCUGCACAUAGCUCUUCCCCAAGCUUCUCUUGCACACCGUUAUAGCCCCCAGUGACUGCCAGGAGGUUCUGAACAUGCACAGCAUUCAUCCCUUUGUCAUCUACUUGCUUUCCAAGCCAUCUGACAGGCUAUUAGAUUUGCAGACUAUUUCCACAAUGUCUUUGAUCACAAGGUCUUUGCAGCCCCGGCUCCAGAUUACAUGGUAUCAGAUCAGAGGCAUAGCUAUUGCUUCAGGAGCCCUUCCCAGGCUUGGGCCUCACACAGAUAGAAUCCUCUCAGUCUAGAUCAUGAGAACAUGCCUCAGCCCCACAAUCUAAGCAGAGGCCUGGUAUGAAAACACUCACAGGAACAUCUUUGCCGUUAUCCAACAGUUGGCACUGGCUACUGAGUCUCUACUUAGCUCCUAUGGUCAGGGCGGUUUAUUUUGAAGAGAUGAUGCAUUCUAAAUUUUCAGAACCAGGCUUGUUAAUGUUAGUGAGGUAUACAUAUGCAUCUAUAAAUCCUCCUUACUCUGUGCCCCUCAUUUGAUGCACAUAGGAACCCUGACCUCAGCAUCUCCCCUCUUUUAGAAAUUUUAGAAAUCAUCAUUGUCCUUAUCCUUUUUCUGCAGCCUGGCACUGAUAUUUGUGGAUUUGUCUUAACUUUGGUUGAUUGUAAUCAUCCAAAACUAUUACAUCCCCUUGCUGUCAGGACUGUUCCUCAUCUCUUUGCCAUUUGUAGACAACACAUAGCAAAGUAGGAAGGAGAGCAUUCUGGGGUUCCUGGAGGGCCAGGGGCUCAGCAAUAGCACUGAUGUCAUAGAAGAAGAGACAUCCCACCUCCGACAUAUGCUCUUUCCCUUAAGAUGUUGGAGCAAGGUCAUAGUUGGACAUUAUACCUUUAGAUUGAUGUCAACUGGGGCUAGAGAGUGCCCAGUCUUGCUGCUGCGAAGAAGGCCUUUCCUGAUACACAACACAGUCUCUCUGGACACUUGUCCAGAAGUAGAAUGGACAGACUGCCAGACUAGAGUUAUGUUGCCUUUUAUUAGCAGGGAAUGUCAUCACAGAUUGUACAGUACGUCUAGGUACAAUGACCCCCAUCAGCAAUAUCAGCUUGACAGUGGCACUUUCUCAAGUGGCAGACAAGGAAAGAACGACUAGAAUGAGAAAAGGAAGGCACACAAGGGAAGGGGACGCUGGGGUGGGCUGGUGAGCAUGGGCAGGAAAUGGAAUGUUUAGUGAGAAUCUGCUUCAUACUAGGCUCUUUAACCACUGUUUUAUCUACUCUAUCUCUGCAGAUCCCAUAAGACAAUGUGAUUUCCAUGCCCUGCAGUUCAAUUUUACAUCAUCCCAGCAUCCCCCAUCAUUCCUCAACAAUCCAAACACAAGCAAAAAAAAAAAAGAAGAAGAAGAAAGAAAGAAAACGCUUUAUUAAAUAUUUACUUA